AUGAAUCUCACAAACUCCAACACAAUUCAAGAGGUAUUACACCGAACAUGCCUCUUAAAACCAAAAGUCCAACUAUGGAAGCUAACCACACGCAUCCGGAAAAUUACGGAGGAGUUCAAAGCGGUGGGACCGGAAGACACCUUAACACCGCGGGUGUUAGAAAGGCUUGAAAAAGCCAAAAGAGACCUCAUUCAAAAAAUUGACCGGCUAGAAGCAAUAUGCAGUCAAAGAAAAAUACUGGUCUAUACUGCUCCCCGGAUCGAAACGAGUCUGGAUCACUGUCCAACACCUCCAAGGGAGAAUGCGGCAUCAAAAGAAUCCGAUGAAAGGGCAGAUCCUAAUCUCACCGGGCAAUCCCCUCCUUCACAACCGGAAGUCUCCGCAUCAGACUUCACAAAGGAAUGGGUUGAGGGCCGUCUUCAAAGGUUUGAAGACUCAACCGCAGAACAGAUUGAUAGUCGCAUUCAAGAGUUCGAAGACUCCGCGGUUCAGCCAUUCAAGGACAGAUUCCAAAGAAUCGUUUGCUCGGCACUCAAGUUCGCCGACACCACAAGGUAUCUCUUGGAUAACAAUCGGGACCGACUCUCAGAAAUCAACGAAGAUCUACAUGAAGAGGCGGCUCUGCGCAUUAAAUAUUUUAAGCGAACCGUAAUUUUAGAGGAUUUGACCUCCGAGUUAAAGGAAGACUUCGACCGGCUUGAAAGAGAGACCGAUCAACGAUUGGCGGAAGUUGCUGGGGACCUGAUGAACGCGGACGCCGCGGCUGUAGAGGCUGAUGCCCAAGCGGCUAAGAGGGUCCAGGAUGCGCUGGACGCCGAAGCAAGUAAAGAGAAGGAGGCACCGCGAUCAUCCCAACUUACCGAAGAAGAAGAGGAAGCCGAGCGGAUUCGAAGGUCAGAGGCCAAGUUUCCAAGACUUACAAAGAAAGCAGCCGCUCAAGCUGCGAAGGAUGCUGAGCGAUUGGAAAGAGAAAGACGGAGACUGGAAGGCUUCGCAGCCGACAACAAGAAAAAGAAGGCGGCCUCCUCCGUCUCAGCGCCGAAAAAGCGAAAGAGGGAAGCCUCAAAGAAAGUUCAAAUAGCCGACCUACUCAAUGAGGUCACUGAAACGGUCCUCACGAGUACAUCGCAGCAGGCUACUCCAGUCGAAGAGGAUGAAGUUGAAGAGCACCUGCAGACCCGGUCCACAAGACAACGAGUUGUCCUGAAUCGAUCAAAAUCGAAGAAUCUCUCUCUGCGUUUCUUCAAGAGAUAG